AUGAGUUCGGUAUCUGAAUUCAACAUCACAGACGCUUCAAAGGAUGCCAAAAAUGAGAGGAAAUUGUCAGAAUCUAGUACAUCAACGUUGGCUUCCCUUGAGAAAUGCAGAAAAUUCAGCUACAUUGAAAACGAUGCAUCCGUUCAUCAGAGGGACAGCGAUGAUGAAUGUGCAACACUUAUCCUGGCCUGCUUGUUCUGCCAAUUUUGGGACUUUCUUAUAAUGCUGCCUGACACCUGUGAAAACUGGUUGACAAACACAUGCUGCCCAUCCAACAGGUAUUACCAGACCUCCAAUGAAAACCACAGCAACAACGACUGCAAUUGUGACUGUGAUAUUGAUUGCAGCAUUUUUGAAUCCUGCCACGAGACUGGCGAAUGCCUGGAACUUGCCUUGGAGAUUUCUGAAGUCUGUUAUCGCUAA